AUGUCAGAUGUCAAUAUUCAGGCGCUGCUCCAGAAGCCGCGCAACGAGUGCACAGAAUAUGAGAUUGCUCAGCUUGAGGCCUGGGAGAUGAGCAAUGGGCCGCUCUCGCUCCUUCAGACGGCUGUGCGGAGUCAUGCACAGGUGCUGAUUAGCAUCCGGUCGAACCGAAAGCUGCUUGCAAGAGUCAAGGCCUUUGAUCGGCACUGCAACAUGAUCUUAGAGAAUGUCAAGGAAAUGUGGACCGAGACUCCGAUACAUAACGGCAAGAAGGGGCGACCUGUCAACAAGGACCGGUUUAUCAGCAAAAUGUUUCUACGAGGUGAUAGUGUCAUCAUCGUCCUACUCAGCUGA